AUGAUUUUAGUCUCUUGUCAGCUCUUUUUCUGUUUGUUUUUCUUUUUCCUUCCUUUUCUCUCGUCUGGAGCUGAUACUUUGGUUGUGAAUCAAUCUCUUUCUGGAGAUCAAACACUUGUCUCUCUUGCUGGAAAUUUCGAAUUGGGUUUCUUUAGACCAGGUGAGUCUCCCAACUAUUACAUAGGCAUCUGGUAUAAAAAGGUCUCUCCUACUGUAGUUUGGGUAGCAAAUAGAGAAACACCCAUCUCUGAUAGAUUCUCUUCAAAAUUGAAAAUCUUAGAUGGUAACUUGGUGCUUUUAGAUGAGUCAGACACUCGAAUUUGGUCUACAGAUCUUACGAUCUCUACUACUUCAAGUUCGGUGUCGGUACUUCUUCUUGAUGAUGGCAAUUUAGUUUUGAGAAAUGGUACAAGUUCAAGUCCACCAAUUUGGCAAAGUUUUGAUCAUCCAACCCAUACCCUCUUGCCUGGUAGUAAGAUUGGAUACGACAAGCGGACACAUAGAGGGCAGGUUAUUACUUCAUGGAAAAGUAGGGAAGAUCCUGCAGUGGGACUCUUUUCUUUAGAGAUAGACCCAAAUGUGUCGCAGUGGGUACUUUGGUGGAAUAAAUCUGUACAGUAUUGGACUAGCGGACCUUGGAAUGGUCGUACCUUCAGCUUAGUACCUGAAAUCAGUUUGAAUUCUAUCUAUAAUUUCAGCUACAUUGACAAUGAAAAUGAGAUUUACUCCACUUAUUCUUUAUAUAAUCCUUCAAUUAUUUCUAGAUUUAUUCUAGAUGUCUCGGGGCAAAGUCAGCAGCAGACAUGGUUGGAAAGUGAGAAGCAGUGGACUUUGUUUUGGUCUCAACCUAAAAUACAGUGUGAGAUCUAUGCUGUAUGUGGGGCUUUUGGUACUUGCGACCAGAAUGUUACUCCAUCUUGUAAAUGCUUGACUGCUUUCAAACCUAGAUCAGAGAGUGAUUGGAAUCUGAGUGAUUCCUCUGGUGGGUGUGUGAGAAAAACAAAGUUGGAUUGUACAGUUAAGGAAGAAAAGUUGGGGUUCAUAACAAGUUAUGUCCCGCCCAAAUUUCUUUCCUUAUUUCUCGAGAAUGGAAUUGAGCUAUUGGAUGAAUCAGUAUGCAGAAGGUCUUGCUUGGAUGACUGCAGUUGUGAUGCAUAUAGUUUUAUCAGUAAAAGAUGUCGGCUGUGGAAUAGUGAAAGCUUGAGAAAUAUAUCACUUGUGUUUGUAUCCGACGAUGCAAAUAGAAAUAAUGUUCCAUUAAGCAUCAAAGUUUCUUCUUCUGCUCUUGCUACCAAUCCUGCAAAAAUCAAUACCAAAGUGCUUGUAGCAGGAAUUGUUUCAGGAUUUUUCAGUCUUGUGUUUCUUUGCAGCAUUGGCAUUAGAUUCUACAAAAAAAGGGUUAAAAGACGAGGAAGAAGAGACGAGAACCGAGGAAUUUUAGAACUUCAGUUUGGCGACAAUGAAGCACAUGUUAGAUAUCUGGUAGAUCCAGGGACAUUGAGUGCACAAGAUAGAAAAGGCAUUGUUGUGCCUUUCUUUGAAUUCAGAACCAUAUCAUCUGCCACRCAAAACUUUUCGCUCGCAAAUAAACUUGGGCAAGGGGGAUUUGGGCCUGUUUACAAGGGAAUGCUCCCUGGAGGAACUGAAAUUGCGGUGAAGAGGUUGUCGAGCCGGUCUGGACAAGGCUUGAAGGAAUUCAAGAACGAGGUAGUAUUGAUUGCUAAACUUCAACAUCGUAAUCUUGUUAGGCUCUUGGGAUACAGCAUGAAGGAUCAUGAAAUGAUACUACUCUAUGAAUACAUGCCUAAUAAAAGCUUGGACCGUUUCAUAUUUGAUAGGACACUUUGUAUGUGUCUUGACUGGGCAAUGCGCUUCGAYAUCAUCAUGGGAAUUGCUCGAGGACUUCUCUAUCUUCACCAAGAUUCACGGUUGAGGAUUAUUCAUAGAKAUUUGAAAACGAGUAAUGUGUUAUUAGAYGAGGAGAUGACUCCYAAGAUUUCGGACUUCGGUUUGGCUAAGAUAGUUGAAGGUAGAGAAACCGAAGCUAGCACUGGCAGAGUUAUCGGAACCUAUGGCUAUAUGUCUCCAGAAUAUGCACUAGACGGCUUGUUUUCAGUAAAAUCCGAUGUUUUUAGCUUUGGAGUAGUUUUACUCGAGAUUAUUAGUGGUAAAAGAAACACCGCUUAUUAUCAGAAUCAACAAGCCUUUAGCCUUAUCUCCUACGCCUGGGGUUUGUGGAAAGACAAAACACCAAUAGAUUUACUGGAUCAAGCAUUAGCCGAGUCAUACAACUCGAGCGAAGUAUUGAGAUGUAUGAUUAUUGGGCUUUUGUGCAUACAAGAAGACCCUCGAGAUCGGCCAACAAUGAUGGAGGUAAUUAUGAUGUUGGGGAUGGAUAUCAAGAGCCUCCCGGAUCCUAAAGAACCGGCUUUCGUUUCAAAAACACAAGUUGAUAGUAUGCAAACGUCUUCAAGUAAAUCCGAGAUCAAUCAAUUGACUAUUACCAAUGUAGAAGGGAGAGUGCUCUUAGAUGAGUCAAACACUCAGAUUUGGUCUACAGAUGUUAUGAUCUCUACUUCUUCAACUUCGGUGUCAGUAGUUCUUCUUGAUAAUGGCAAUUUAGUCUUGAGAAAUGGUUCACGUUCAAGUCCACCAAUUUGGCAAAGUUUUGAUCAUCCAGCCCAUACCUUGUUGCCUCAUAGUAAGAUUGGAUACGACAAGCGGACACAUAGAAAGCAGGUUAUUACUUCAUGGAGAAGUAGAGAAGAUCCUGCAGUGGGACUCUUUUCUUUAGAGAUUGACCCAAAUGUGCCGCAGUGGGUACUUAGGUGGAAUAAGUCUGUACAGUAUUGGACUAGUGGAUAUGCUAAUCGUCAAAUCUUUAGCUCAAUGCCUGAAAUAAGAUGCCUCAGGGCACAUCCAGCAGCAGACAUGGUUUGGAAAUGUGGAGCAGUGGCUUGGAGACUAAAUACUAGAAGAUUAUUGGUUUCGACCCCUGCAAAAACCAAUACCAAAGUGCUUGUAGCAGUCUUGGGAUACAGCAUGAAGGAUCAUGAAAUGAUACUACUCUAUGAAUACAUGCCUAAUAAAAGCUUGGACCGUUUCAUAUUUGAUAGGACACUUUGUAUGUGUCUUGACUGGGCAACGCGCUUCGAUAUCAUCAUGGGUAUUGCUCGAGGAGUUGUCUAUCUUCACCAAGAUUCACGAUUGAGGAUUAUUCAUAGAGAUUUGAAAACGAGUAAUGUGUUUUUAGACAAGGAGAUGACUCCCAAGAUUUCAGACUUUGGUUUAGCAAAGAUAGUUAAAGGUAGAGAAACGGAAGCUAGAACGGGCAGAGUUAUCGGAACCUACGGCUAUAUGUCUCCAGAAUACGCACUAAACGGCUUGUUUUCAGUACAAUCCGAUGUUUUUAGCUUUGGAGUAGUUGUACUCAAGAUUAUUAGUGGUAAAAGAAACACCGCUUAUUAUCAGAAUCAACAAGCCUUUAGCCUUAUAUCCUACGCCUGGGGUUUGUGGAAAGACAAAACACCAUUAAAUUUACUGGAUCAAGCAUUAGCCGAAUCAUGCAACUCGAUUGAAGUAUUUGUUAAUCACAUUAAACACAUAACAGGAUUUAAUCACAUGAUCUCAAUUGAAAACGUAAACUUAAAACUUACUUGGAAAGCCAAUCUUGAUAGGAUUGUUCAUUGA